UUCCGGAAUCCAGAGCAACUGCAUCAACAAAGAGCCCUGGGUAGAGUCCCGUCCCUCUCAGAAGCUGCUGCCGCCGCCGCCGCCGCCGCCGCCUGGGGAUGCAGAGAGGAGGGGGCUGCUGCUGCUGCUGACCCUCUGCAACACACCUGUUGGGUUGGUGUGAGUAAAAGAAGUGAGCAUAAGAAACAUCUACAUUUUCUAGUGUAGUGAACUGUCACACACAACCAACCAUGCCUGCAGAAGGAAAAACUGACAUGGAGAGGAUUGGCCUCUUCAGUGAAAUGGAGUAUGUUACCAUUGGAGAUAAAUAUGCCUCACACUAUAUGCGCCCUUUCAAUGAAGCUGCAAGCAAGAACAAACAGAUGUUGCCUGGGGGUACCAAAAUGCUGUCAGCUCUUCAGGCAGGUUACUUUGAGCCUCAGUUUGUGAGGGUUUUCGAAGGUGAAGCCUACUCAAACCCUGUGCAACUAAGGAGGCGAUAUAGACUGGUAGAGUCAAAGAAAAAUGUGGGCAAAGCUUUCCUUCCAAGCAAUGGAGUCAAACUGCCAUGUGGAAUGGGUACUUAUUAUGGAACUAUAGGUGGUCCAUAUCCAUUCUUCAGUGCACAACUAAGAGGGAAAACAGCAUAUGCUCCUCCUGGAAAGAACCUUUACACAAGUCCUGGAAAGAAAGGAACUGGAUAUGGAUAUCCAAAUCUUACCAUAGGCAAACAGUAUCCACACUCAAGUGAUGUGUAUGAAAGCGGAAAAAUGAAUGCAAAGAAGGUGCAUGAAGACCAUCUGCGUUUGGUUAAAGGAGGGCCUUUCAAGUUAAAUCUCUAUCCUCGGGAGUAUUUUGACUUAAAUCCAUAUUAUGAUGAUAAACCUUUGCCACCAGCUAAGAAACCAACCCCAGAAAAGCCAGUUGCACACCCCUUUAAACCAAGUUCUCCUGCUAAAAAGUCAGGGGGCAUGAAAGCAGGAACAUUUGAUUCUUAUCCUUCCCAUUCUGCUGAGCCCUAUGUGGUUAAAUAUUCUAAGCCCAUCACAACUAAUAAAGAAGGACGGAUUUUUCAUCCUCCUCCUGGAUCAAAAAGCAGGCCCUCUACAAGUAUAAUGGCUUUAAAUGUUACAAGAUCACUAAAUGUAAUGAACUACAAGACUACACACUUGAUAUAUUAGCUUUGAACAGUGGGAUAAAGAUUACACUUCUUGGAUUUUGUAAACUGUAACAAUUCAAUGUUUAAAGGGCAUUUGAAGUAAAUAAAAGUUUUGUUGAAGAUAGAAUUCAGUCAAAUAAGGCAAACCCAGAUUUCAAUUGUAUCCUA